AUGUCGGAUAUUGGCAGCGGUGACGAAGGGAUUUCUAGUCAGAAAUAUCAUGGGCAAAGUAUGGACGCUGGCGGGAAUAAUUUUGACUCCGGUCAGCAGCCACAGGAGCAAGAGUUGGCGACGAAAAUGCUGCAGAUCCAGUCGAAGCGGUUCUACCUGGACGUGAAGCAGAACCGACGCGGCAGGUUCAUCAAAGUGGCAGAGAUCGGCGCGGACGGGCGGCGCAGUCAAAUCUUCCUGGCGAUGUCUACGGCGGCGGAGUUCCGCGACCACCUGUCCAGCUUCAGCGACUUCUACUCGUCGCUGGGGCCGCCCAACCCAGACAACGUGCCCGACGAUGGCAAGCUCAAGUCAGAGAUGAUGCUGAAGGACAACCGGCGGUACUACCUGGACCUGAAGGAGAACUCGCGCGGCCGCUUCCUGCGCGUGUCGCAGACCAUCACUCGCGGCGGCCCGCGCUCGCAGGUGGCGCUGCCGGCGCAGGGCAUGAUCGAGUUCCGCGACGCACUCACCGACCUACUCGACGACUUCGGCAUCGAUGACGGAGGGUUCAAGGGCGAGCUGCCCGAGGGCCGCCAUCUGCGCGUCGACAACAAGAACUUCUACUUCGACAUCGGCCAGAACAACCGCGGCAUCUACAUGAAAGUCAGCGAGGUGAAAAGUAACUUCCGCACCGCCAUCACAGUGCCGGAGAAGUGUUGGACGCGGUUCCGCGACAUCCUGGCCGACUACUGCGACAAGAUGUGCCGCGCGCAUCAGCCCGCCGACUCGCACCAGGAGACGGUGGGAGCGCCGCACCGGAUUUGA